AUGGUGAAAAUUAUGAUGUGGCUUGAGGUGUACCUCUCUGGAGAGAGGCGGGCAGUGCUCUGCCGCCUGUCUGCAGCAGGAGUCACUGAGCCUCCGGUGCUCUCAUCUGCGGAGCGAGGCUUGCUGGGUUUGGUGGGCGUCAGGCUGGAUCCUGACAGCAAACCCUGCAUUCCUGUGCCCAUACGAGGGAGAUGUCACUGUGCGAGUGUGCAAGAAGAGGCCCCGGGCAUCUUCCGGUCAUGCACACACAAGUGGGCAUGCUGCCUGGGAGGAAGGCAGGCGGGCACAAAAGGGAAUUUUAAAGGUCUGUGUAAGCAAAUCGAUCACUUCCCUGAGGAUGCAGAUUAUGAAGCCGAUACAGCAGAAUAUUUCCUCCGGGCUGUUAGAGCCUCUAGUAUUUUCCCGAUCCUGAGUGUGAUUCUGCUUUUCAUGGGUGGACUCUGCAUUGCAGCCAGUGAGUUCUACAAAACCCGACACAACAUCAUCCUUAGUGCCGGCAUCUUCUUCGUGUCUGCAGGUCUGAGUAAUAUAAUUGGCAUCAUUGUAUACAUAUCAGCCAACGCUGGAGACCCCUCCAAGAGUGACUCUAAGAAGAAUAGCUACUCCUAUGGCUGGUCCUUCUAUUUCGGGGCCCUGUCCUUCAUUAUAGCCGAGAUGGUGGGAGUGCUGGCUGUCCACAUGUUCAUAGACCGGCACAAACAGCUGCGUGCUAAUGCUCGUGCCACGGACUACCUCCAGUCCUCCGCCAUCACCCGCAUCCCCAGCUACCGGUACCGCUAUCAGAGACGCAGUCGCUCCAGCUCCCGCUCCACUGAGCCUUCACACUCCAGGGAUGCCUCUCCCGUCGGGAUCAAAGGGUUCAACACCCUCCCAUCAACAGAGAUCUCGAUGUACACCCUGUCCAGGGACCCGCUGAAGGCAACCACCACCCCCACCGCCACCUACAACUCCGACAGGGAUAACAGUUUCCUCCAGGUUCACAACUGUAUCCAGAAAGAGAACAAGGACUCUAUCCACACCAACACAGCCAAUCGCCGGACCACCCCGGUAUGAAGCCGUCGCCAGGAGCUGAAAAUGGGGCAGGAACGGG